UUAAAAAGAGGUAGCAAGUUGUCAGGUGCUUGUGAUUUAUAUAUAAAAUAUGUUUAGGAGAUUCAGUUCUUAGCCUAAAUGGACAAAGAAAAAGCAAUAUCUUUUGACGGUGUUAUCAAACAUAUUGGUUGGGGAAGGCAUCAACAGUUAUGGGUUCUGUAUUCCAUUUUACUUGGAAUAAUAACUUCUAUACACAUUUUAUCUUCGAUAUUUAUUGCAUAUCCCAUUCCAUAUGUUUGCGAAUCACCAAUGGAAGAGUAUGUUGCAAAGAAUUGCAAUCAGACAAUUUGGAAUACUUCAGCAACCUUCGAACAAUUUAAGCUUGAAACCAAUUCAUUGGAUCACUGCCACAUGUUCAACGCUACAGUGAACAGUGGAAGCAUGAAUUGUACAAAUUGGGACAUCUUAACGAUUGAAAAAUGCACAACACAUCGUUUCAUUUCUGAUGGCUCUGUUUCCACCUCAAUCGUUAUGAACUUUAAUAUUACUUGCGAUCGUUCUUGGAUAAAUUACAUGCUUCAGUCUAUGUUUAUGGUGGGUGUGUUCUUUAACGGAAUGAUAUUUGGAAAACUAGCAGAUAUGUUUGGUCGAAGAACGAUUCUUUUGCUUAUGGGUUGUUCUACCAUGUUGCUAUCAUUUUUAACAGCAGCGGUUCGAAACCUGAUAUUAUAUACUAUCAUGCGUAGUGUUAUGGGCGUAUUCUGCCUAACACUAAGCAUAUCAUACGUUCUUACAUCCGAGUGUGUUCUUCCGCGUUAUCGAGCCUUUAGUGUCCAAAUGGGAAGCAUGGGCUUCUCUGUCGGCACCGCAAUUUUCGCAGUGAUUGCUUACUUUAUCAGAGAUUGGGUUUCCUUACAAAUUGCCAUUUCAGUUUUAUCUCUCAUCAACUUGAUAAUUUGGUGGCUUUUUGACGAAUCACCACGUUGGCUUAUUUCCAAAGGUCGAUAUGAUGAAGCUCUCAAAAUCUUGUUUAAAAUUGCGAAGGUUAACAAAGCUAACGACGAAGCAAUGUGUGUUCUUAACAGAUACGAAGCAAGUUUGGUGGAAAUGCCCGCUGAAAAUCUUAAACAUUCUGGAAAUGUCACUGAAAAGUUUGGAAUGUGGCACACAUUAAAAUAUUCGGGGCUACGAUUGCAGACCAUCGUUUUGUCUUAUGCUUGGUUUGUAACCUCUUGUGUAUUCUAUGGAAUGACACUCAACGUUGCAAGAAUCGGUGGUAACAUAUAUUUUAACACGAUGAUCAUGGGUGGCAUGGGUAUUCCAUCAGCAUUUAUAGCAACGAUACUUUGCAACAAGAUUGGACGAUGUGUUGUCAUUUACACGUCAUUCCUGCUUUGCGGAAUAUUCUGCAUCGCAAUGUAUUUUAUACCCGACGAACUAAAAGGUUUGUCACUGACUGUCUUUCUAUUUGGCCGGGUGUUCAGCCUUGUACCAUUCUGCACCUUAUUCUUGUACACCAUCGAACUUUACCCAACAUUAAUGAGAGCAACCGCAUCAAACUAUGGAAGCGCACUCGCCCGCAUCGGUGCAAUAGUUGCUCCCGCUAUAUCUGGUUUAUAUAUUGUACAUCCGUCCUUACCAUAUGUAACAUUUGGUGUGUUGUCAUUGCUAGCAGGUAUUCUAAUGAUGCUUCUACCUGAGAGCAGAAAAGCUCGAAUGUUUGAAUCAAUGGAAGAAGCUAACGAGUUCGCUAAUCUAAACGCUGGUCCUUUGCGGCGAAUCUGCAUGACCAAGCAUUUAAAAUAAAUCAUCUCAAUCGGUGUUUCGGACAUGUACGCUAUUCUUUUUUAAUGUGAAGUUUAAUUUAAACUUAAUCAACAUUAAAUACUGAUGAAUCGAAAUUGUUCUCGUUUGUGAGUUCACAACUUGCCCGGAC